AUGGCCGCCUCCUUGGUGUGGUGGUGAGAGGAGUCGGGCUUCCCGGCGCCGCAGGACGAAUCUCCUCUUCUCCUCCCGCUUUCCUCCUUCCUGCCUGCUCCCGGUCCGCAGCUCGCCGAUCCGCUCUUAGCCUGCCCGUGUGCGAGGGAGCUGGGAGGCGCGAUGGGCCGGGCGCGGCUCCCGCCGCAGAGAGUGCAGGGCCCGCGGGGCUAGAGGCGUGAGUGGAGGCCCGGGGCUCGGUCCCCGCCGGCACCUUGGCCCUCCGCAGGGCCAGGAGACACCGCCUUCCUCGGAGCCCGGCCAGGGCUGCUGCCCGCGGGCAGCAGAGGAGGAGGAAAGUCACCAGGUGGAAAGCGCAGCUUCCUCCGGGCUCGUCCUUACCUGCAUACCUGGGAGAGGAGCCUCCCUCUGCCCUUGUCCCGUCCUCCCCCCGACGCUAGUACUCGCUGGAGGAAUCCCUCGGCCCCCUCUGCCUACAGGACUGGAGAUUGCUGCUCACUUGUUGCCUGGCACUUCCCCUCUGAUGGAGUCUGAAAUGCUGCAGUCGCCUCUUUUGGGGCUUGGGGAGGAGGAUGAGUCUGACUUGACUGACUGGAACUUGCCUCUGGCCUUUAUGAAGAAAAGGCAUUGCGAGAAGAUCGAAGGCUCCAAAUCGUUGGCUCAGAGCUGGAGGAUGAAGGACCGGAUGAAGACUGUUAGUGUUGCCUUAGUUUUGUGCCUAAAUGUCGGUGUGGACCCUCCUGAUGUGGUGAAAACAACUCCCUGUGCCCGACUGGAGUGUUGGAUCGAUCCUCUGUCAAUGGGUCCUCAAAAAGCUCUGGAAACCAUUGGUGCAAAUUUACAGAAGCAGUAUGAGAACUGGCAGCCAAGAGCCAGGUACAAGCAGAGUCUGGACCCUACAGUGGAUGAAGUGAAGAAGCUGUGUACCUCCCUGCGUCGAAAUGCCAAGGAGGAGCGGGUUCUUUUCCACUACAAUGGACAUGGUGUCCCCAGGCCAACAGUAAAUGGGGAGAUCUGGGUCUUCAAUAAGAACUAUACCCAAUACAUUCCCCUCUCCAUAUAUGACCUGCAGACUUGGAUGGGCAGCCCAUCCAUUUUCGUCUACGAUUGCUCUAACGCUGGCCUUAUCGUCAAGUCAUUCAAGCAAUUUGCACUACAGAGGGAGCAAGAGUUGGAGGUAGCUGCGAUUAACCCAAACCAUCCGCUUGCUCAGAUGCCUUUGCCACCCUCCAUGAAGAACUGCAUUCAGCUGGCAGCCUGUGAGGCCAACGAGCUGCUGCCCAUGAUCCCUGACCUGCCAGCUGACCUCUUCACGUCAUGCCUUACUACCCCCAUCAAAAUUGCUCUGAGAUGGUUCUGUAUGCAGAAGAGUGUCAGGCUGGUGCCAGGAGUCACAUUGGAUUUAAUAGAGAAGAUUCCUGGAAGGCUGAAUGACAGGAGAACUCCUCUGGGAGAGCUGAACUGGAUCUUCACCGCUAUCACAGACACCAUUGCAUGGAAUGUGUUGCCAAGAGAUCUUUUCCAGAAGCUCUUCAGGCAAGACCUGCUCGUGGCCAGCUUGUUCCGUAACUUCCUCUUAGCAGAAAGAAUCAUGAGGUCCUACAACUGCACCCCUGUCAGCAGCCCUCGUCUACCUCCAACCUACAUGCACGCCAUGUGGCAAGCCUGGGACCUUGCAGUUGACAUUUGCCUUUCCCAGUUACCUACAAUUAUAGAGGAAGGAACAGCCUUUAGGCACAGCCCCUUCUUCGCAGAGCAGCUGACAGCUUUCCAGGUGUGGCUGACCAUGGGCGUGGAGAACCGCAACCCCCCGGAGCAGCUGCCCAUCGUCCUGCAGGUGCUGCUGAGCCAGGUCCAUCGGCUGCGAGCUCUUGAUUUGCUGGGAAGAUUUUUGGACCUGGGUCCCUGGGCAGUGAGCUUGGCCCUGUCUGUUGGCAUUUUCCCAUAUGUGCUGAAGCUACUUCAAAGUUCAGCUCGUGAGCUGAGACCACUGCUUGUCUUCAUCUGGGCCAAAAUCCUGGCAGUGGACAGUUCAUGCCAAGCUGACCUUGUGAAGGACAAUGGUCACAAGUAUUUCCUUUCAGUUCUGGCAGAUCCUUAUAUGCCAGCUGAGCACAGGACAAUGACUGCUUUUAUCCUGGCUGUGAUUGUUAACAACUACACCACAGGGCAGGAAGCUUGCCUUCAAGGAAACCUGAUUGCUAUUUGCCUGGAGCAGUUGAAUGAUCCACAUCCUCUCCUGCGUCAGUGGGUGGCCAUUUGUUUAGGCCGCAUAUGGCAGAACUUUGACUCAGCCAGGUGGUGUGGUGUGAGAGACAGUGCUCAUGAAAAGCUCUACAGCCUCCUCUCAGAUCCAAUCCCAGAGGUUCGCUGUGCUGCAGUCUUUGCGCUGGGAACGUUCGUGGGCAACUCAGCUGAGCGGACUGACCACUCCACCACCAUCGACCACAACGUGGCCAUGAUGCUGGCCCAGCUCAUCAACGACGGCAGCCCCAUGGUCAGAAAGGAGCUGGUGGUGGCUUUAAGUCACUUGGUGGUUCAGUAUGAGAGCAAUUUCUGCACUGUCGCCUUGCAGUUCAUGGAAGAAGAGAAGAAUUACCCUCUCCCUUCUCCAGCUGCCACAGAGGGUGGGAGUUUGACACCGGUGCGAGAUGGUCCUUGUACACCCAGGCUGCGCUCUGUCAGCUCCUACGGGAACAUCCGAGCAGUUACCACAGCUAGGAACCUGAACAAGUCCUUGCAGAACCUCAGCCUGAAUGAAGAAUCUGGAAGCUCUGUUGCAUUUUCUCCUGGGAAUCUCAGCACCAGCAGCAGCGCCAGCAGCACCUUGGGCAGCCCUGAGAAUGAAGAGUACAUCCUGUCCUUUGAGACUAUUGACAAGAUGAGACGAGUCAGCUCUUACUCUUCUCUGAAUUCACUAAUAGGUGUGAGUUUCAACAGUGUUUAUACCCAAAUUUGGAGAGUACUCCUGCACCUAGCUGCUGACCCCUACCCUGAUGUCUCCGACUUGGCCAUGAAAGUUCUCAACAGUAUAGCCUACAAGAUUAUGCAAGUGGGACUGGCCUGCAGACUGAAGCCACAACGGCUCUCCAAUCCAGGUGAACUAGUACAUGCAACAGUAAAUGCUCGUCCCCAGCGCAUCCUCGACACCUCCUCCCUGACUCAGUCUGCCCCAGCCAGCCCCACCAACAAGGGCAUGCACAUCCACCAAGUUGGAGGGUCACCUCCGACUACCAGUACGAGCAGCUCCAGCCUGACGAACGAUGUGACAAAGCAGCCGGUCAGUCGGGACAUCACGUCUGUAAGACCUGCCAAUGUUGGCAACAUGGGGGUCCAGUAUACUCCCCACUCCCACCAGUUCCCCAGGACAAGGAAAAUGUUUGACAAAGGGCCAGAACAGACGACCGACGAUGCCGAUGACACCGUGGGACACAAAAGCUUCAUUUCGGCCACGGUGCAGACAGGGUUUUGCGACUGGAGUGCAAAGUAUUUUGCUCAGCCAGUGAUGAAGAUCCCAGAAGAGCACGACUUGGAGAGCCAGAUCCGCAAGGAGAGGGAGUGGCGGUUCCUGCGCAAUGCUCGUGUCAGGAAGCAAGCCCAGAAGAUCAUCCAGAAGGGUAUUUCCCGGCUGGAUGAUCAGAUCUUCCUCAACAGGAACCCAGGGGUCCCCUCCGUGGUGAAGUUCCACCCCUUCACGCCCUGCAUCGCCGUAGCUGACAAGGACAGCAUCUGUUUUUGGGACUGGGAGAAAGGGGAAAAGUUGGACUAUUUCCACAAUGGGAACCCUCGGUACACCAGGAUCACAGCAAUGGAGUACCUGAAUGGACAGGACUGCUCCUUGCUGCUGACUGCCACAGAUGAUGGUGCCAUCAGAGUGUGGAAGAACUUUGCAGACCUGGAAAAGAACCCAGAGAUGGUAACUGCCUGGCAGGGGCUGUCAGACAUGCUGCCAACUACUCGAGGUCUGGCCCGAAGGGUUUCAAUCUAUCUUGACAGAAGUAAGCAGGGAGGAGCAGGAAUGGUGGUCGACUGGGAACAAGAAACUGGGCUCCUGAUGACAUCAGGAGAUGUGAGGAUAAUCAGGAUCUGGGACACGGACCGGGAAAUGAAAGUACAGGAUAUCCCCACUGGAGCUGACAGCUGUGUCACCAGCCUCUCAUGUGACUCUCAUCGCUCGCUCAUCGUGGCAGGGCUGGGUGAUGGCUCCAUUCGUGUCUUUGACAGGAGGAUGGCUCUGAGUGAAUGCCGUGUCAUGACCUACCGAGAGCACACAGCCUGGGUGGUGAAAGCCUACUUGCAGAAGCAUCCUGAAGGCAACAUCAUGAGUGUCAGUGUGAACGGAGAUGUGAGGUUCUUUGACCCCCGGAUGCCAGAGUCCAUGAAGGUCCUUCAGAUAGUCAAAGGCCUGACAGCCCUUGACAUUCACCCCCAAGCCAACCUCUUUGCAUGUGGCUCAAUGAAUCAGUUCACUGCAAUCUACAAUGGGAACGGGGAGCUGAUCAACAAUAUCAAAUACUAUGAUGGUUUCAUGGGACAAAGAGUUGGAGCCAUCAGCUGCCUGGCUUUCCAUCCUCACUGGCCUCACCUGGCAGUUGGGAGCAACGACUACUACAUCUCGGUGUACUCGGUGGAGAAGAGGAUCAGAUAACGGCCGGAGGCAGUGGCAGUGGAGCAGGGCGUCCCAGCGGGCAGGGCUGUGUCUCACCCACCGUGUACAUAGUGAAAUCAUCGACUUGAAUGUUUAGUGUUGGCUGCUGCUGCAACCCAUGACUUGAACAGUUUUGUUCUGACUUAGCUACUGAUGAUUUUGACAAGGGGAAGAGAGACAAUCUCCUUUGUUCUUCCUUUUUUCCUUUUUUUUUUCUUUUUCCCUUUUCCCCCCUCUUUUUCCUUUUCUGCCUUUUUUUCCUGUUUUCUUUUUUCCUUUUUAUUUUCU